AUGCUGUACAAAGGGUUACAACUGGAUCGGUUUCAGGAGAAAGCAAUCGCGGCGAUUAAUCGGGAUACCUCAGUGAUUGUCACUGCCCCCACAGGGGCUGGUAAAACUGUCAUUGCUGAAUAUGCCGUCGAAAAAUGUCUUAAAGAGAACCAGCGCGUUAUCUACACCGCACCGAUCAAAGCCCUCAGUAAUCAAAAAUAUCGGGACUUUUACGCCGAAUAUGGGGAGAAAAUUGGCAUUGUUACAGGCGAUGUGGUACUCAAUCCGUAUGCGCAAGUGCUGUUGAUGACUACCGAGAUCUUUCGCAAUACUAUCUUUGACGAUACUGAACGGUUACAAGAUGUCUCUUACGUCAUCUUCGACGAAAUCCAUUAUAUUAAUGAUAUUGAGCGCGGCACCGUCUGGGAAGAGAGUCUCAUCUUCGCCCCUCAACAUAUUAAAUUUGUCUGUCUGAGUGCCACGAUCCCGAACAUUAAUCCUUUUACAGAGUGGAUGCAAAGUGUGCGGGAUAUUGACAUCGAGAUAGUCGAAGAAUUAAAUCGUCCAGUUCCCUUGGAACAUUACCUCUAUUUUAAAGAUUACGGCAUCGGUGGUGUAGAGCAUAUUUCCGCUCUUCGGAAUCGGGCACAGCACGAUGGGCGGAAACGAAAAUCUGACCCAUCUGAUGAUAAAACGCCUCGGGCACUUCCUUCUGGUUUUACAGAGACAAGUCUUAUCCCACACCUUCGUCGAGAGAAGCAGCUUCCCUGCCUCUAUUUCUGCUUUAGUCGUAGGGGUUGUGAAGAAAACGCAAUGUCAUUGGUGUUCGGAUCGCAGUUACAGUUGCUUGAUGAAGGACAGACGACAGAGAUUUUAAAGCAAUUUGAUGAAAUCUGCCUCCAAUUUGACAUCGUUGAAGAAAAGAAGAUUGCCGAGUUUCGCAGGUUAGUCAGUUGUGGCAUCGCCUAUCAUCACGCCGGUAUGCUGCCAACGCUUAAAGAGGUCGUUGAAAGGUUGUUUACCUCCGGGUUAAUUCAACUCCUCUUUACCACCGAAACGUUCGCCGUUGGUAUUAAUAUGCCAGCGUGCUCGGUGGUUUUUGACAGCCUUGAGAAAUUUGAUGGAAUCGGAUUUCGACACCUCAAGACAGCGGAAUAUCACCAGAUGUCAGGGCGCGCUGGCAGACGCGGUAUUGACACUAUCGGUUAUGUCUAUGCGCAAAUUAUUCCCUCAUACGCCGAUUCAAACGAGAUUCGAGGUGUUGUUUCUGAUAAGAUCGAACCGAUAGAGAGUCAAUUCAAUCUUUCCUAUUCCAGUAUUCUCAAUCUUUAUCAGAAAUAUGGCGAUGAUAUUUACGAUGUCUACACGAUGAGUUUGAGUAACCAUCAAAACCGGGUGCGGGUCGCUAACCUCAACAAGCAGAUUACGUCUAAGACGGAGAGACUUCAGACACUCCCUAAACCGGAGUGUAUUCACGAUGGUAUUGAUGGGAGUGCGCAGAUUGAGAAGCAUUAUCGCCAGAAGCGAGAUCGUGAAAAAAAUCUUCAGCGUUUACAUGUAGAGAUGGCGCAAAUCAAAUCGGAGACGCGAGGAAAGAAGCGGGAAAAGGAACGCGUGAAGAGGUUAGGGGCUGUUCACAAGAAAAUUAAGGGUUUUCAAGCGAGUGGUGAGCAGAGUCUUUGUGACGAAUGUCAGCAUUUGAACACAUGUACGGGGAGAUAUAAAACCAUUCGCAAGGAAGAGGAACAGCUCCAGAAACUCAAGAAGAAGACGACAUCUGUUGAGAAUGAUCCGCAGCGGCAGAUAGCCGCCCGUUUGAAGGUGCUUGAAGAACUCGGAUACAUUGAAGCCCGGACCCUUCUACCCCGUGGGAGCACCGCUGCCCAUCUUUAUGGAUAUGAGGUGCAAUUAACCCAAUUACUAUUUAGCGGUUUUUUUGAAAGGCUCACGGAGGACGCAAUUAACUGUUUGAUGGUGGCGAUUAUUUCUGAACCCCGUAAAGAUGGAUACUUUAAGCCGCUCAAAGACGAACGUUUGUUAGAUGAACUUUAUGCAGUCAGUUCUGAAAUUUCAUUCAUUCAGCAUUUAGAGGUCAAGCAUAAGGUGACAGAAAUCACGCCUCUGUUAGAACUCCGACUCUGUACUGCGACGCUCGCUUGGAGUCGAGGCUGUGACUUUGACAAGCUUGAGGAAUAUGCACGUUUAGAUGCUGGCGACUUUGUGAGAACCUUUCGACUUGUCAUCGACCAACUCCGCCAAAUCCGUCGUGUUAUGAGUGGUCACACUGCCCUCGCUGAUAAACUCAGCCGAUGUAUUGGCAAGAUUAACAGAGAUGUUGUGGAUGCGGAACGGCAAUUGCGAAUUGGGCAGGAGAAUCUUGAUGAAACGAAAGCUGAGGUUUCCGAACAGGUGCCGCCCAUUGCCCUUGAAAGCUCCGAUGCUGCUGAAGUAGAAGAUGAAACAUCGCUUUCUUAG